AUGCCGUUUGCAGUGUUGCCGAUGCUAGUACCGGACAUCACUCCGGUAUACGAUGUCUACUUUGAAGCCUUCAAGAAUGCCCAGAUUAUGGAGUUCCUCUUCCCCGGAGGUGUCGAUCGACAAGCUCACAAACAUGGAACGACGCUCUGGCUACACCACGAUCAGAACGGAUACACAAUCAAGUGCGUAGACUCGGAGACAGGCACUGUCGUCGGUAUGGCCCAAUGGGAGGUCUUUUGGCGCCCAGACAAGAACUCCUUGUGGAAGAAGCCAAAGGGGGCCGAAUGGCUCAAGGGCGACAAGCGCAAAAAGGCCGAGACAGUCCUGGUCCCAAACUGGGCCAUGAGAGAUAAGCUCUUCGGUGGACGAAGGCACGUCUAUUGCGUCACAAUGGCUACGCAUCCCAAAUACCAGCACAAAGGCAUUGGUCGGUUGUUGCUUCAAUGGGGUAUUGACCUUGCAGAGCAGUUGGCUCUUCCCAUAUAUCUAGAGUCAUCCGACGUGGCCUUGUCACUGUUUGAGAAGGCAGGCUUCGAGAGAUUGACCGACGAGAAGCUCGUCUACAAAGCUUCGGAGACUGGUCAGAAGGCGGACAAGGAAGUGCCAGUUCUGGUGAAGCUUCCAUCCAAGGCGAACGGACUAUCCUUCAGAGAAUGGGCAAAGAAGGGCUACCCAGAGUCGUAUUGA